UCAAUGUUUCCUUCCAUCGACAUUGCAAGUUUAGACCGAGUCACACAGAGAUUGAGAGAGGGAGAGAGAAGCAGCAAUGGUGCUUUGGGAGAUCACAUUGGUAACUGCUUAUUUCUUGGGGUUGAAACGAACUUAUAGGCUUGCUCUGAAGCUCCAACGUCGUCUCAUCGGUCCUAAUCACCCUAAGAUCCGCGAAUUCCUUUACCGGCGAACUCGUUCUGUAUUUUCCGUAGCGAUCCGGAUUCACAGCAACAUACAACAGAGGGACAUAGAAGUUGGUCGGAACCUUGGGAACUGGAUCCUUCGGUGGCUUGAUCGCAUGAAACCAUCUGCCCAGAUCCGUGGUCUUCCUGGAAACCCACCCAGCGUUGGUAACACAUCCAAGCAUGUAACCAACUCAUCCAAACAACAACCUCCAGGGUCCAUUCAAAAAUUCAGUAGCAAAAUUAUAAACAGGGGAGCAAUUGGGCGUCUCACCACCUCAUCAUCACUGCAUAUAUGGCCAAAAUCAUUCCCUACUCUGGGGACGAUGUUGAGGCCAUCGAGACCCACUGGUGCAAACACUCAGUACAGGAACUUGUGCUUCUCUGGGCCUUACUUGCCUGGACCAAACUAUGAAAAAGGUAGAUUUGAUGGAGUGAUUCGUAAGGACAUAAUGCAGUGGAUGCUGCGAAAUUGAAAAAUGAACUUUUGCAGACUUUAUAACUGUGUGCUGGGGUUUUGUAAAUUCUUCCUUUUGCUCCCUCGUGCUGAGAACUUGAUUGCUGAUAUUUCUGGAAAAAACUAUGCUGUAUCUUGGGAAAUAAUAUUCGAUUGUUUUUGUUGGACCACAUAACAUUGAGCUAAUGCUUU